CAGGACCAUGAUGGCGGCUCUGGUCGGGUCGGAGUCGGCUGAGCCAGGCAGCCGAAACAGCCGUGGCAGAGGUCGGACCUCUCGAGGGCGCUUGGCCAAUCAGAUACCCCCUGAGAUCCUGAACAACCCCCAGCUGCAGACAGCCAUUAAAGUCCUGCCUUCCAACUAUAACUUUGAGAUCCCCAAGACCAUCUGGAGGAUUCAACAAGCCCAGGCCAAGAAGGUGGCCUUGCAAAUGCCUGAAGGCCUCCUCCUCUUCGCCUGCACCAUUGUGGAUAUCUUGGAAAGGUUCACAGAGGCCGAAGUGAUGGUGAUGGGUGAUGUCACCUAUGGAGCUUGCUGUGUGGAUGACUUUACUGCAAGAGCCCUGGGAGCUGACUUCUUGGUGCACUAUGGCCACAGCUGCCUUGUUCCCAUGGACACCUCUAUCCAAGACUUCCGGGUACUGUAUGUCUUUGUGGACAUCCGGAUAGACACUACCCACUUCCUGGACUCUAUCCGCCUCACCUUUCCCCAAGCCAGUGCCCUUGCCCUGGUCAGCACCAUUCAGUUUGUAUCAACUUUGCAGUCAGCUGCCCAGGAAUUGAAAGCUGAAUAUCGUAUGACUGUCCCACAGUGCAAACCCCUGUCCCCUGGGGAGAUUCUGGGCUGUACAUCCCCCCGACUGCCAAAGGAGGUGGAAGCCAUUGUGUAUCUUGGAGAUGGCCGCUUCCAUCUGGAGUCUGUCAUGAUUGCCAACCCCAAUGUCCCUGCUUACCGGUAUGACCCAUACAGCAAAGUCCUAUCCAGAGAGCACUACGACCACCAGUGCAUGCAGACCACUCGGCAGGAAGCCAUAGCCACUGCCCGCUCCGCCAAAUCUUGGGGCCUUAUUCUGGGCACUUUGGGCCGCCAAGGCAGUCCUAAGAUCUUGGAGUACUUGGAAUCUCAACUCCAAGCCUUGGGACUUCCUUUUGUGAGGCUGCUGCUGUCUGAGAUAUUCCCCAGCAAGCUCAACCUACUUCCUGAGGUAGAUGUGUGGGUGCAGGUGGCGUGUCCACGCCUCUCCAUUGACUGGGGUACAGCCUUCUCUAAACCACUGCUUACACCCUAUGAGGCAGCCGUGGCCCUCAGGAACAUUUCCUGGCAGCAGCCCUACCCCAUGGACUUCUACGCUGGCAACUCCUUGGGGCUUUGGACAGUGAAUCACCAGCCAGACCUAAACUCCCAAGGCCCCAGCCGCUCAGCUUCGGGGAAGGUGCAGGAGGUGUCCACGCUCCCCUCUCCAGCCUCAGAUUGCGAGGGGUGCAGCUGCAGAGACGGGGUGGCGUCCCUGGCUCCUUGAGACGCCCCUGGUUCCCAGGUUCCUGCCCUCCUGAGGAGCAGCCUCGAGGCUGGUGGUUUUCCGAAGAGGAGGCAAACGUUUUCUCCGCACUGGAAGAGCCCACGGUGUGCAGAGGUCUGGAGGAAUCUCUGGAAACGGUGGCACAGGCACUGAGCAAGCUGGGGCCUUUUGACGGACUUCUUGGGUUCAGCCAGGGGGCUGCACUAGCAGCCCUUGUGUGUGCCCUGGGCCAAGCAGGAGACCUGCGCUUCCCUUUGCCCCGAUUUAUCAUCCUUGUAUCUGGUUUCUGUCCCAGGGGCCAUGGCCUCAAGGAACCCAUCCUGCAGAGGAGUUUGUCAAUGCCUUCACUUCAUGUUUUCGGGGACACUGAUCGUGUCAUCCCCUCUCAGGAGAGUGUACAGCUGGCUAACCAGUUCCCUGGAGCCAUCACCCUCAC